AUGAGUAGCAAUUUAUUGGAGAAAUCAAAACUAUCAAUUUGUCCUGGUAUAUAUUGUGGUUAUCAAAGUAAUAGUACAAAUUGCGGGGCUUGUCAACGUGGAUAUCGUGUAAAUAAUGAAAAAAUAUGCCAAUUGUGUAAUGAACCAUUAUCAUUGUACAAUUUUAUGUACAUUGUGUUUAUGGCAUUAUUGGCGUUAACUUUUCAUUGGUAUUUUGUUAAUCGUUUACGAAAGAAGAAACAACGAGAAUUUACUUUUGUCAAGCAGACAAUUCUUUAUUUUUUAUCGAUAUUUGAAAUUAUUCUUGCAUUUAUUUUUACUUUGUUAUCAUUUCCACCAAUUGGUAAACUAACAUUUAACACAUGCCAAGUGAAAUUAUUCAGUGAUUUUUAUCCAAUAUUUCAUAAUCCAAUUGUAAAUUAUCGAAAAAAACUACGAUGCUCAUAUGAAGUUGUUUAUCCAUUACAAAGUGUUAUUUUUGUUUUGUAUACAUAUGCAAGUUUAAUUAUGCUGUUCUUAAGACCAAUUUUUGUUUCAAUAAUUCGACAAAAAUUUAUUUCGGCAUCAAUUUAUAGCGCUCUUCAUUUUUAUCCAUGUUUGCUGAUCUUACAUGCUUUAUUCGGUGGUCUUAUUUAUUUUACUUUUCCAAUUUUGACCAUUACCAGUUCUAUAUUCCUUAAUGCUAUUCAUUUUACGUUGGUAGCCAAUGGAGAGCAUGACUGGAUUCCAUUUCUACGGAAACUUUGUGGAAACAUGCAAAAUUGGAUUAUUUAUUUCAUACAUGUCGCUCUUCUUCUCUGUGGCCUAAUAAGUUUAACAGAAAUUGAAAACAAAUACGAUUUGAUAUUGUUACCUAUUGUUUUUCUACCAGUAUCACUUAAACAACCUGAUGGAGAGCUUAAAGAACUAUGGAUAUUUUAUACUAAUAUGGAUGGGAUCCAAACGAAAUUUCCGAUGAAAAAUGAAUUUCGUUCUCAAUUGCCCACGUCACCUUCAUUAUCUUCCAAGUAUACGAUAACACUACGCCUGAAAACAUUAGAAACAUGCCAUUUUGACAUUUCGGUUUUGGACGAAGCAAUAAAACUAGCUGAAUCAUUAGAUGCACUUAUUGCGCAUACAGAUGGCCCAACAUUUGAUGUAACAUUUUUAUUUCCAUUCUAUUUUCCGCGUGAUUUCGAAGUUAUACAAGAUGGUUGGACAGCAUUUUCUGUCGAAUCCGAAUUUAGUCGUUUACAAGCAAUAAGCGAUGAAUGGCGAAUUAGUGAUGUGAACAAAAAUUUUGCGGUUUGCGAAACAUAUUCCGAACGAUUAGUUGUACCAAAAUCAGUUAGUGAUGAUCAACUUAAACGAUCAGCAGAGUUUCGUAGUCAUGGCCGUUUUCCAGUUUUAUGUUAUUUACAUAAGUCAUCUAAAUCGUGUAUCAUUCGAUGUGCACAACCACUUAUUGGUGCAAGUGUACGUCGUUGUAAAGAAGAUGAAGCCCUUGUUAAUUCUAUGCUUAUUCAACGUCAUAAAAAAGGAUGGAUCCUUGAUACACGACAUCCGAAUGUAGUAAAACUUGCACAAAGCAAAGGCGGUGGAUGUGAGCCCGAACAACACUAUGCACUUUGGAAACGUCUUCAUCGACAUUUAGAUAAACAUACUGUUUUACAAGAAUCGUUCAUGAAAUUUAUUGAUGCGUGUAUUGAUCAAUCGGAAAAAGAUCGAUGGUUAUCAAAAUUAGAAAAUAGCAAUUGGUUACUUCAUGUCAAGGAAGCAUUGACAGUAGCCUGUAUUGUUGCACAAACAAUCGAUCGUGAAGAAACAUCGGUUCUUGUUCAUGGCAGUGAUGGAUGGGAUACAACAUUGUUAGUAACAAGUUUAGCUCAAGUACUACUCCAUCCUGAUUGUCGUACAAUAACCGGUUUUGAAGCAUUAAUUGAGCGUGAAUGGAUUCAAGCUGGACAUCAAUUUCGUUCACGUUGUGCACGAUCAGCAUUCGGUAAAAGUAGUCGUGGACAAGAAUCACCUCUAUUUACACUUUUUCUUGAUUGCACUUGGCAGCUUUUACAACAGUUUGCUUGUUCAUUUGAAUUCAAUGACACUUUACUCAUACAAUUAUUCGAACAUACUUAUUCGUCGAAAUUUGGAACGUUUAUAUUUAAUAAUGAAAAAGAGAAAACUAAAUAUAAUGCUGUAAAAAAAACCGUUUCCCUUUGGUCUUAUUUUAAUCGACCUGAAAUACUGCGCACGUUUUUAAAUCCAUUCUAUGAACCGAAUUUAAAUGUUUUAUGGCCAAGUGUAGCUGCACAAAGUAUUAUUCUCUGGCGCAGUUUGUAUCUUCGUUUUUACGAAAAUCAAAUUCCUCAACAGGAAGCUUGGGAUGAGUAUUUAAUUAUUAAAGAAAAAGAAUUACAACUUCGUUCUUAUGUCAAUAAACUAAGACAAGAAUUGCUUGAACUCGAACGAAAAUGUACAGAAAAAAAUAGCAAUAUGAUUAAAAUGGAAAAAGAUUCAAUUACAACUGCUUAA